AUGAUCAAUCUGAAUCCAUUCCGCUCAAAAUCUAUUUCUCACAGAAUCAUAUGGAUACUCUUUGUGAUCCCAUCUUGUGUUUUCUCAGCAAAUGAGUUUCACAGACUCUGCACUCUACCGUUUAGCUGCGGCAAUCAGAGCGGUCUCUUAUACCCUUUCUGGAUAUCUGGAAGAGAAGCCUGUGGCCACCCUGACUUCAAGCUCGACUGUAGCGGAGGAUUCGCAGAGUUGAACAUGUCCUCUGUGAAGUACAGAAUCUUAGAGGUGAAUUAUGAAUAUCGUUUCAUAAGACUGGCGAGAUCGGAUUAUAUCGGCGAUCUUUGUCCUAAAGAUCCUUUAAAUGAGCCAUUCGAUGAAAACGUCCUUCCAUUUGCUCCCAACACCGAUCUGAUAACGAUUUAUUACGACUGCAGGCAAGACUUUUCGCUGUAUGUUUCUACUUAUGUUGGAGUUUUUUCUUGUGGUGAUGAUGGAAGUAGUUACUAUGUGACAAGAAACCUCUCGUCGCCUCUACUUGACGGGGUUAGAGGUCAUUUAUACGACUUUGAUGCAUCUUGCAAAAUCGUCAGUGUACCUGCAAAUGGGCCUUGGCUGGACACACUGCAGAUCAAUGGGACUCGAGAUAAUCUACAGAAAGCUCUUGCAGAGGGGUUCAAGCUUGAAGCUAACCAAGAUUGUUUGACGUGCUUAGCAUCUGAGGGUGUUUGUGGAUAUAAUGAGAGCUCAGGUGGAUUCGUCUGCUAUUGUGUAGAUGAGCCACUUAGCCGUACUUGCGCUUCUAGAAAAAAUGGCCAAAGCUUCACUUUAGGAGCAAAAUUAGGAAUUGGUACUGCUGCUGGACUUUUAGGGAUAUUUCUUUCAGCUGGAGGCUAUUUUUGUUUCAUCAUCCAGCGAAGGAAGACAUCUAAUGAUCCAAGACAACAUAAGCUAAAGAACGUUAUUCCACAUAAUCUAGAAGCCAUUAUUCCACUGAAACACUACAGCUACGCGCAACUAAAGAGAAUUACAAAUUCAUUCGCAGAAGUGGUUGGGAAAGGAGGAUUUGGCACUGUUUAUAGAGGAACCCUUUGUGACGGUCGCCGUGUUGCAGUGAAGAUUUUGAAAGACUCAAAUAGUGAUGGGGAAGACUUCAUCAAUGAAGUUGGGAGCAUGAGCAAAACUUCUCAUGUCAACAUUGUUGAAUUGCUUGGAUUCUGCUAUGAAGGCUCGAAUAGAGCAAUUAUUUAUGAAUUUUUAGAAAAUGGGUCUCUUGAUAAAUUCAUCUCAAACAAGACCUCAGUGGACAUGGAUUGGACGACAUUGUAUCAAAUUGCGCUAGGAGUUGCUCGUGGUCUAGAGUACUUGCAUCAUGGGUGCAAGACAAGGAUUGUACAUUUCGACAUAAAACCACAAAAUGUACUCUUAGAUGUCAAUCUUUGCCCUAAACUUUCAGACUUCGGCCUUGCUAAGCUUUGUGAGAAGAAAGAGAGCAUCUUGUCAAUGCUGGACACAAGAGGUACAAUAGGGUACAUUGCACCUGAAUUGUUUUCAAGAAUGUACGGUAGAGUUUCCCACAAGUCAGAUGUGUAUAGCUACGGAAUGUUGGUCCUUGAGAUGAUUGGAGCAAGGAACAAAGAAGGAGGUUGCCAAGAUUCGGCACCAAAUGCAAGUUCAACUUACUUUCCUGAAUGGAUAUAUAAGGAUCUUGAGAAGCGAGACAGUGGAAGGCUUAUUGAGAAUGUAAUUACCAGCGAAGAAGAGGAGAUUGCGAAGAAAAUUACAUUGGUGGGUUUGUGGUGUAUUCAGUCUUCCCCAUCAGAUCGCCCGCCGAUGAAUAGAGUGGUAGAGAUGAUGGAAGGGAGUGUGGAUGCUCUUGAAGUCCCUCCUAAACCUGUUUUCCAAAUUCCAGCAGCACCAUUUCAAGAACCUUCUACGUUGGCGGAGGAUAUAUCGGGUUGCAAAGAAUGUGGGAACAUCACCGCCGGUUUCCCCUUCUGGGGCAUGAAUCGUGACAAAAUUUGCGGUCAUCCAACGCUGGAGCUACACUGCAACAAAGACAUCACCUCUUUAACCAUCUCUGAUCAAGACUUCCGUGUUCUACAAAUAAAUCAAUCAUCUAACUCUCUUAGACUAGCAAGAACAGACCAUAUGGGUUCUUUUUGCUCCUCUAACUUCACCAACACAACCUUGCCUCCAAAUCUAUUCAAGCUUUCCCCAACCUACAAGAGCGUCACAGUAAUCUACAGUUGCAAUCCUUUUGGUUUCCACUAUCAGGGAUAUAAAUGUCCAGAAAUAGGUUUGAUCUUUGUGUCUGACAAACCUGAAAAUUACAAGUUCUGCCUUGGCGGUUUCACGGCGAACGUUCCUAGGAGCUUCGUGACAGAAAAUAAAGACCUGGCCUAUUUGGAAAGUAUUUUAAAGAAAGGAUUUGAGGUGAAGGUGAAGAUCGAUAAGAGCGAGUAUGAGCAUGGUAAACACGGUCCCCUCCAUCCACCAACUGGUAAGUUUCUUAUGCAUCACUAUCAUAUCCUUAACAACUUAUGCUGA